ACUAUCCUCUUGAGCCGAGAUGUCGUACAUGCUUCCUCACCUCCAUAACGGCUGGCAGGUGGACCAGGCCAUUUUAUCUGAAGAGGACCGUGUGCUUGUUAUCCGAUUUGGCCACGACUGGGACCCUACAUGCAUGAAAAUGGAUGAAGUUUUGUACAGCAUUGCUGAAAAGGUGAAGAAUUUUGCUGUGAUUUACCUGGUGGAUAUCACCGAAGUGCCAGAUUUCAACAAGAUGUACGAGUUGUACGACCCCUGCACAGUCAUGUUCUUCUUCAGGAACAAGCACAUCAUGAUCGACUUGGGCACGGGUAACAACAACAAGAUCAACUGGACAAUGGAGGACAAACAGGAGAUGAUAGACAUUAUUGAGACCGUCUACAGGGGAGCGCGGAAAGGAAGAGGUCUUGUGGUGUCCCCCAAAGACUACUCAACCAAAUACAGAUACUAACUUAUAUAUAUGUGUUAUUCUUCCUUUGAACAUAUUAUGUAGUUUAUUCAGUGACAUUUCUCUGGAUAUACACCUCGCUGGGACAGUUUGUAUAUUCAUAUGGACACAACAGUGACCUGCCCUUGUGUUAAAUUUUUUCUAUUUAAGGAAGUUUUUCUUUAUUGCAUCUAUGAUCAGGAAAAUUUGUGACCCAUGUCAAUUUAUUGUUGUGGUAUUAUUAUUUUUUUCAAUGUUGUGAAUAAAUGUUUUAAGAGAAA